CCCUAAACCCUAAACUCUAAACCCUAAACUCCACCCCUUGAGUGCUAUUUUUGUGACUUUUGAAUUUGAGUGCUAGUUCGGGAACAAAAACUUGAUUUAGUGCUAUUUUAGUCUUUUUCUCUAAUUAGAUUUCUUAUUUAUUUUUGUGUGGGCUACUAAAUAAGCCGAAUGUUUUACUCGUGAUCCGACGGUCUAAAAUCAUUGAAGGUCAACGCAGCAAGUGAUAGUGUGGUUUGAGGUCAAAUCAGAACACUUGUUCCAAACGCCAACUCUCUUCAGGUAACGGAGAGUAACGGUGACCUUUUUCCGUUAGUCUCCUCCUCUCUCUCUCUUUCUCUUUCUCUCUGUCGUUCUAACGGGCAAAGUUUUUUUCGAAUAAAGUUUUCGUCUUUGUUUAGCCUUCCCUUCUUCUUCUUCUGCUCGUGUCUAUUCUCGAUGAUGAGCUCCGGUUCGAAUCCAUUGGCUUGUUCACCGGAGAAGUAUGAGCUGUUUUGAACCGUAAUGCUUGAAAGGAAUAUACUUGCUUCUUUUACGGAAUCGUGAGAUCUAUCUUAUGGAGGAGGAGGAGGAAAGAAGCGAAAUGAAAAUUGAGAUUCUCUGUAUGGAGAAUAAGCAACCAACACCUGCUUCUUCUGAAGGCAGUGCCAGCAUCUUCCUUUAUUCACCUCAACUCAAAACACCUGCCCCAGCAUCUCCUUCUCAUCGGAGGACUAGUGGCCCUAUGAGGCGAGCUAAAGGUGGUUGGACUCCUGAAGAGGAUGAGACACUGAGACAAGCAGUUGACAAGUAUAAGGGGAAGAGGUGGAAGAAAAUAGCUGAAUAUUUCCCAGAAAGAACAGAAGUCCAAUGUUUGCACCGGUGGCAGAAAGUUCUUAAUCCUGAGCUUAUAAAAGGAACUUGGACUCAAGAGGAGGAUGGCAUAAUCGUUGAACUUGUAAAAAAGUAUGGACCUGCUAAGUGGUCUUUGAUCGCAAAGUCUUUACCAGGUCGUAUAGGGAAGCAAUGUAGAGAAAGAUGGCACAACCAUUUAAAUCCUGGUAUUAGAAAAGAUGCUUGGACCACAGAAGAAGAAACUGCUCUCAUAAAUGCUCAGCGAACGCACGGAAACAAAUGGGCUGAAAUUGCUAAAGUCUUGCCUGGAAGGACGGAUAACGCAAUUAAGAAUCACUGGAAUAGUUCGUUGAAGAAGAAGUUAGACUUCUAUUUAGCUACAUGCAACUUGCCACCAUCAGCAACCAAAAUCGGUGAUUUUGCUGAUGUAGAUAGAGAUUUCAAGCUGUCUGGUGCAACUAAGCCUUUAAAGGACUCUGAUUCGGUUACCCAAUCUUCUUCAGUAAACACAGAUGCAGAUGAAGAUGGAGUAGACCAUAUAAACUCUUCUUCAGAUCUGCUUGAAGAGUCAGCUGUGAAUGAGUGUGCUUGUUCUCCAGCUUCUGUUGAGUGCAAGCCUCAGUUGCCUAACCUGAGACCAAUGUCACCAAGAAUCAACUCAAAAGCUUUUGUCCGAAAGAAAGAAGAAAAUGGGUUGGGAACUCCAAGGCAUGGUAAUCUGUACUACAAAUCUCCACUAGACUUUUUUUACUUUGCAUCAGAAGUGGAUCUGCGACGUAUGUAUGGAUAUGAAUGUGGUUGCAGUCCCAGUGCUGCACCAUCAUCACCUGUUAGCUUGAUGAUCACUCCACCGUGCAACAAGGACAGUGGUUUAGCUGCUGCAACAAGAAGUCCUGAAUCCUUCUUGAGGGAAGCUGCUAGAACUUUUCCAAACACACCUUCUAUCUUUAGGAAAAGGCGAAAGGUUGUCUUGGCAAAGAAAACAGAUGAUGAAGAUGAUGUUGUUAAUAGUGUAGCCAAGGGAGCUGAUCAAAAUGAAAACAGUAAAGACAGUGCAGAGAUUUCUACAGUUGGGAGAGAAGCUUUGUUGUUGCUAGAGACGGUUGAUGAUUCAAAUGGAAGUACUUUCAAUGCGUCUCCGCCAUAUCGUGUAAGAGCUAAAAGAAGAGCUGUGUUCAAAUCAAGACAGCUUGAGUUCACAUCUGAGAAAGAGAAUCAGCCGGAAACAUCUGAGGAAGACAAGAGUGUGUAGAAGUCCUUUUCUUAAUGCAGAAAUCUUCUUCAUCUUGUGCAUACACAGCUGGAUAUUAUAUAUAUAUCAACUUGGAAAACUGCGAGUGAAAAUUUCUAAAUCUUUUUCUCUAAUAUCACUAAUCUGAGUUUGUGACAAUAAACUGAUAUUCCUUCAAUUUUGUUCUUCACGUGGUGAGAAAUAAUAAUUUUUUACUUCCAGAUGAUUCUCAGCAGAAACUAACUAGUUAAGAGAUUAAAGUUGGUUAUUUUUGAACUCAUAAUAAAGCUAUUCAACUGCAAAGAAAAAACUCUGGUUUACAAACUUGAUAACAUCUCCACAAAUAAAAAAAUCAACCAAACAAAGUGAAAGAAGUUUAAAAAAAAAAA